CGCUGUCACACCCACACUGCCUCCAGUCAUGCACCAGUCAGAGGGCAGGACUCACUAGUAUUUGGUCUGAAAAGGAAUGUAAAUGUCCGAGGACAAGGAAGCCCAGGAGGAUGAGCUGCUUGCUUUAGCGAGUAUCUACGAUGAAGAGGAGUUCCACCAGGCAGAGUCUGCACAGGGGGGAGAGAUCCAACUCUGUCUGGAGCUCCCGCCUGACUUCAAAGUUGUUGUCAAAGGAGAGAACCCCACUGAGUAUUACGUCUGCUUCUUACCUCCUUUGGUGCUCAACUUUGAGCUUCCUGCAGACUAUCCAUCUACGUCCUCGCCGGUCUUCACUCUCAGCUCUAAAUGGAUGACCAGAGCACAGAUGAGCUCCCUGUGCAGACGUCUGGACGAGCUGUAUGAGGAGAACCAAGGCUGUGUGAUUCUUUUCCUGUGGAUCCAAUUCCUCAAAGAGGAGGUUCUGGACUUUCUGGGCAUCCAGUCUCCUCUUGAAGUCAUCAGGGGAGGAAGUAAGGCGUGUGGUGAGCGCAGGAAAACAGACCCAGCAGCCACAGCUCUGCCGCAGAGUGGGAGUCAUUGUGAACACGUGGAGGAGAAGAAAAGGGAAGCGAAGAAGGAAAAGUCUUCGUUGUCUUCUCAAAUGGACCCGCGGGCCGUCUUGGUGAUGGACCCGCGGGCCGACCUCCUACCUCAGCUCCUGGACUUUGACGAGGAGCAGCGCCAGAGGGUGUUCGACAGCAAGGUGUUCGGCUGCGGGAUCUGCUUCGUGGAGAAGCUGGGCUCAAACUGCCUCUGCUUUAAGGAGUGCCAGCACGUCUACUGCAAGGCCUGCAUGACGGAAUACUUCCAGAUCCAAAUACGGGACGGCAACGUUCAGUGCCUUAACUGCCCUGAGCCCAAAUGUACCUCCAUAGCCACACCAUCGCAGGUGAAGCAGCUGGUGGACGAGGAGCUGUUUGCCCGUUAUGACCGUUUGCUGCUCCAGUCCAGUCUGGACCUCAUGGCAGAUGUGGUCUACUGUCCCCGCCAGUCCUGCGCCACCGCCGUUAUGGUGGAGCCGGACUCGACCAUGGGGAUCUGCUCGGCUUGCCAGUACGCCUUUUGCACGCUGUGCAAGCUGGGCUAUCACGGCCUCUCCCACUGUAAAAUCCCUGCAGAUGAGUUGCGUAACCUCAGAGACGAGUACCUGUCGGCCACCGCUGUGGGGAAAAAGUUCAUGGAGCAACGCUUCGGGAAGAGGGUGAUCCAGAAAGCAGUGGAAGAGUCCUUCAGCAGAGACUGGCUCAAUGAGAACUGCAAAUGCUGCCCGCGCUGUGGAACCAAUAUACAGAAAGCGGACGGCUGUAAUAAGAUGACCUGUACCUCCUGUAAACAAUACUUCUGCUGGCUGUGCCUGGGCCUCCUCAGCAAAGUCAACCCGUACAGCCACUUUAACAACCCACAGUCGCUCUGUUACAACCAACUCUUCCAAGGUGUGGAUCUCGAUGAAGACGAUGCCUUCUGGAGCGAUGAGGAGGACUGACGACCCCCGCGCCGCACCUAGCCGCUGUAUGCUCCAUUGGAAUGCACUUUAUCCCCCAUAAACCAUCACUUCACCUGUGACACUAACUAUGCCUGCGUCAGCGCACACCAGUGCAAAUACAACAUGUACCGUGGUGCCACAAGAUUAUGUUUUCAGGCAUCUUGGGUAUAAAACAUUCAAUGUCUGUGUGUCAGUUGUUCAUGCUUAAUAUAAUGACAGAUUUCAUGUACAUAAGGUAUUCAGGAAAUGGAAAGAACCCUUUUAGUUUUAAUCUCAGAGUAAUGGAGGAACAACUGUGGACAUUUUUCUUAAAAACAUCAAGAAUACAUUGUUGGUGGUAAUGAAUCUUUUAGAUAUGAUGAUGUCAUAGGACUGGACUGUUAUUUCAAAAGAGAAAAAAAAAGAAAUGUAAGUCUUUCUCUACUGUAUUCUAGAUUAGGUCUAGAUAUCUACUCGCUCCGUAAUUGGACUUUUUCAUGAUGAGUUUUGACAUUCACAGUAAUGAUCAACAGGUGAUACUGGAGCCACUGGUCGAGGUGUUUGCUUACUAUUCGCUAUCAACUGAGCGUUGCAGCAAAAAGAAUAACUAUGUUUGCUCUUCUUUGUCAUAUUCAGUAUCUACCCGCUGGCUGUUUCUCUGUCGUGUGUCAAAACUAUGACGCUAACUAACCGCUAACUCUUCUUCAGACCAACUUCCAGUUGUAUUUAGUGAAUUUAAAAAUCUAACUGAGACACACACACAUGAUACAGGAUUAACAUAAAUAUAGGAAAAACCUGUGGAUUAAUAUCACGGACAUAAUUACAGAAAUACCUAGGUUUUGUUGGUUGACUACCAGAAUGGUAGGAUUUGCUUUUUCAUGAUGAGUUAAUUUACAGAAACGCGCAUUUGCACGUGAUACGAUUGAAAUCAGGCUUGUUGGAAAGAAGAAUUUUAUGAGAUUGGUUUUGGGAGAAAGGGUUUCAUAGUUGGUCCGUACAGACUAACGGAGGGCACCGCAGUAAUUAUUCAUGACAGUCGGUCCUCUGAUGGGGUUCCUGGGAUUGGGAUUAUGUUGUGUGUUGAGUCGUUCAGGGACUGAGGUGUGAGAACGGAGACCCUCACUCUGUAAACAACCCCGAUACACACCCUCCUUUGCACAACUUGUUACUUGAAUGUUGCCAAAGUUAAGUGUCAAAGAGAGGCCGUAUGAUCUUGAUAAUGUCUAGAGAUACAAAAGUAUUUUGUAUAAUGUUAAUUUAUUUUUAUUAUAUAUAUUUAGUUUGCAUUUGAUCAAAAAGAAGUCGGUCUGAUGGAGGCAGUUCUGUUUGAAAUUGAACCCUUAAAUCUGUUCAUCAACAUUGAAUGAUUUGCUCCGCGCUGCAUUAAACAUGGAUGCAGGUGUGGUAUGUUAUGAAGACAAUCAUUUGCUUUAGAAUGCACACGGAUCUCCUUCCCUUCAGUGUCGCUGUCACUUCAUGUCUCAUGUAAGAAACGUGAAAACAGGACCUGCAGAUUUCUGUUAAAAUUCAUUGGGCAUAAGUUUUGUCAAAAUAAAUGUUCCCACUUUACAGUU